CACGGCUCCCUUACCUUCCGACUGACACAGGUGCUGUCCGGACAUGGCUGUUUCGGACGGUACCUGUGUCGGAUCGGAAGGGAAGAGACGAUGCGCUGCCACGGGUGCGGCGCCGAUGAGGAUACGGCGCAGCACACACUUGAAGUGUGCUGCGCCUGGACAGAAGAGCGCCGCACCCUGGUGGCGGCGAUAGGCGGCGACCUCUCACUUCCCGGCGUUGUACGCGCCAUGUUGGGAAGUGAGAGGUCUUGGAACGCGGUCUCCUCCUUCUGCGAAACAGUCAUGUCGCAGAAGGAGGAGAAGGAGCGGGAACGCGAAGGGGAUCCCCUAGCGCCCCCGCUCCGGCAGAGAAGAGUGGGGAGAAGGAGGCGGCAAUUUGCCGCUGCUGCCCUUCUCCCCACGCCUUAGAUUUGAGGGCCCGUAGAGGCCAAACGCAGGCGGGGUCACGGAAGUAAGCUAACGCGUUUCCCGUGGCCCCGCCGUAACG